AUGAGUACUCGCAUCUCUCUGAUGCCAAUUCAAAGCUUGUCUGAGAUUACUGCGAAUUUGGGAAAUCACGCUCUAUAUGGGGGUGCUGAGAAAGGUACCAUUGAACAUGAUAUAAAGAUGAGAAUAAUGGACUAUUUGAAUAUCCCUGAGAACGAGUAUGGCCUUGUAUUUACUGUGAGUCGUGGCUCAGCCUUUAAACUUUUAGCUGAAUCCUAUCCAUUUCAAACGAACAAAAGGUUGUUGACCAUGUUUGAUCAUGAAAGUCAGUCUGUGAAUUGGAUGGCUCAGAGUGCUAGAGAGAAAGGUGCCAAAGUCAAUAGCGCAUGGUUCAAAUGGCCUUCUCUCAAGCUCUGUUCAACUGAUCUUAGGAAGGAAAUUUUAAACAAACGGAGGAGGAAGAAAGAUUCCGCUGUUGGUCUUUUCGUGUUUCCUGUGCAGUCGAGAGUUACUGGUGCGAAGUACUCGUAUCAGUGGAUGGCCCUGGCUCAACAGAAAAAUUGGCAUGUUUUGCUUGAUGCUGGGUCAUUGGGCCCAAAGGACAUGGAUUCCCUUGGAUUAUCUUUAUUUCGACCAGAUUUCAUCAUCACUUCGUUCUAUAGAGUGUUUGGCUAUGACCCGACAGGAUUUGGAUGUCUUUUAAUCAAGAAAUCUGUGAUGUCAAGCCUUCAGAAUCAGUCUGGACAUGCCGGGUCGGGUAUAGUGAAAAUUACUCCCAUGUUUCCUCUGUACUUGAGUGAUUCAAUGGAUAAUUUUCCAGGAUUUGUUGAGGACGAAGAAGUCAGUGGGAAUGAAGUUAACUCAGAAACUCGUCCAGGAUCUCAGUUGCCUGCCUUUUCUGGUGUGUUCACAUCUGCACAGGUGAGGGAUGUAUUUGAAAGUGAAAUGGAGCAUGAUAACAGUUCUGAUAGGGAUGGGGCGAGCACUAUAUUUGAGGAAACUGAGAGUAUUUCUGUUGGGGAGGUGAUGAAAAGCCCUGUCUUUAGUGAAGAUGAAUCGUCGGAUAACUCACUUUGGAUUGAUUUAGGUCAGAGUCCACUGGGUUCUGAUAAAGCUGGUUAUUCAAGCAAACUCAAUGUAGCCUCUCCAUCGCCACCAGUUUGGUUUACUGGCAGAAAAACUCGUAAGCAAAUUUCUCUGGAAGCAAUUAAGACAUCAAGUAGCCCGAUGUUUGACAAGGAAUUGAAUCCAGGACAUCAUGAAGACCACCAUGUAUUAUCAUUUGAUGCAGCUGUUCAAUCAGUGUCUCAAGAAUUGGACAAUUUCAAGGAGAUUCCUGAAGAAGAACAUAUUACUGAAAGAAAUGAGGUUUUGAUAGAAUGUAGAACUCCAGUGUAUCAUCAUCUUCAGGAAAUUGAAGAAGAACCUGAUACUAUCAAUCCACUUAAUUCUGCUGUGAAAGGAUACGGUCCCAACAACUUGGUUUCUGCUUCUAAUCAUAGAAGAAUGCAGAACGGCUCAGCUUAUGAGAUAUUCCCUGAACCGAAGGAAAGUGCGAUAAGAAGAGAGACGGAAGGUGAGUUUAGGUUGCUGGAAAGGAGAGAAAAAAGUAGAAUUCCUGGUGGUAGAUUUUUUGGCAUAGAAGAGACGGAGCAGCUUGGAAGCAGGGAAAGAAGGGUAUCCUUUAGCACAGAAGACCAGCACAGAGCUCACCUAAGCCAAACUCUGGAGCAUGGAGAAAUAUCAGUCACGAGUCUUGAUGAUGAGGACUCCAUUAGUGAUGGGGAAUACGGUGAUGAACAAGAGUUGGAAAGGAAUGAACCUGAGUUGAUCUGUAAGCAUCUUGAUCACAUAAACAUGUUGGGUCUCAACAAGACAACCUCUCGACUGCGAUUUCUGAUUAAUUGGCUUGUAACUUCAUUACUUCAAUUAAGAUUCCCGGGUUCAAACGGAAAGGACAGUGUACCACUUGUUCAGAUCUAUGGCCCAAAAAUUAAAUACGAAAGAGGCGCAGCUGUUUCAUUCAAUUUGAGGGACAGAAACCAGGGUAUGAUUAGUCCAGAAAUUGUUUUGAAGAUGGCCGAGUCACACGGUAUAUCUCUUGGUGUUGGCAUCCUCAGUCACAUAAGGAUUCUAGAUAGCUCCAAACAGCAACGAGGAUCUUUGAGUCUUGCAGAUACGACUCUUUGCAAGCCAAUGGAAAAUGGCAGACACGAUGUUAAAAGUGGAUUCAUCAGAGUUGAGGUUGUCACUGCUUCUCUUGGCUUUUUGUCCAAUUUCGAUGAUGUUUAUAAGUUGUGGGCAUUCGUGGCUAAAUUUCUUGACCCGGCCUUUGUCAAUGGGGGAGUCCUUCCACCUGUUGCAGAAGAGAUUCCAUUUGCCCCUCAUGCCACGUCUCCUCCAAGCUAUUUAACAUUUUCUCUUGUUCGAGUCUUUACCAAGAGCAGAACUACUAUCCUUCCAAGAAUGAAUCGCAAGGUGAAACUUAUGAGAUUGUGA